UGAAUAUCAGUGUGGUAAAAUAACAGUGCAAAGAUGAACUCUGUAGGAAAGCUGGAGGAGGAAGCCUUGAAGCGGAAGGAGCGUUUGAAAAAUCUUAAGCGGAAACAGGAUUCCUCAGCCAAUGGCGAACAAGACCAAUCAGCAGCUGCGAUUCCCAAACCUGUAUUUCGCAACUACCGGCCCGAAAGUGAAGAGAUCAAGGAAAGUGCCCUCGAAGAGGUGAAGCCAACCGACGUCGAGACGGAAGUCAGUUCCCAGCUGGAGAUGAUGAAGGCACCUAUCAUCAUCGAGGAAAUCGACAUAGUAAAUCUGGCUCCCCGGAAACCGGACUGGGAUCUGAAGAGAGACGUAUCGAAGAAGCUGGAAAAACUUGAGCGACGAACGCAGAAAGCGAUAGCUGAGCUGAUCCGGGAUCGACUCAAAGCCGGCCAGGACGAUAUACUACAGGCAGUGAAUGUGGCAUCGGCAGCAAUUACCGCGGGUAACAAGGAGGAUGACGAGUAAAGCAUUACCCAUUUGUUUAGGUUUAUUUUGAAAAUUA